AUAGUAGUAUUUUUUAACCUUUAAUCUGUUGAAAUACAUCAAGAAAAUCAGGAUCAACUUCCAAUAUUUUUCUCCCUUCUCAUGGAGAUUGUGCACCGUCCAUAGUCAAUAUUUUUAAGUUUGAGAUUCCACUGUGUAGGGCACCUUGCUUUGUCACAGCUAGCAUUCAUCAGAUGGUUAUUACCAUGACCUUGUGUUUUGUCUGAUUUUCGAAAUUCUGAGGCUUGUUAAGCGUUUAAAGCCUACCAUUACUUUUUUUUUUCUGCUAAUUGAAUUUCAUUAACCCGAAGGAAGAACAUAAAAAUGCAACCAGGUCGGAUCUGGAUGGCGUUAGAUGAACAAACAAAUGGAGCCAGAAUCUUGCACAUUUUCCCCAAACCUUGGACUUGCUUAGAGGCCUUUUUCUUUUGCUGAAAUAAGAGUUUGCUUGCUUGCAUCCAUGAAGGUUCACUUGAGCUUCCCGUGGAAAGAAUUGAAAAGAAAAAAAAAAUGUGGGUUUAAGCUGUGAUUCAACUGUCGAUAUCGAAAGCUGACAGCAUACGGCUGAACCUCCCUGUUACUUCAACUGAUGAAUUCACAAACCACGUUUCUGCUUUCUUAUGUCAACGCGGCACGUUGCUCUGUCACUUACUUGGCAUUAUGUUUUUUUCCCUUUUUUUUUUUUCACGUCAAGAAUCCAAAAUUGUGUAUUUUACUGGUUCUUAGUUAGAAGUUAGAAUUUAGAAGGAUAGUAAUGAACCACCCAAAAAAAAAAAAAAAGAAAUAAAGACCAGGGAUAUAAGAAGUCAAGAACUCCUGGGCAAAAGGGAGGGAGCCAUUGAAGGCGUCUGCAUUAAUGCACUUGAGCUGGCAUUUAAUGGCGAUUAUCUUCGAUAACUUAAACUUUCUCACUCCAUCUCUUUAAUAUUUUGUCAUUCAAGAAGGCUAACAUACUGAGGGAAUGAUGUUGAAGAGAGUUGAAAUGAUUGAUGGUUUUGGAAUCUAAUGCUUACAUAUGUAAAUGUAUUAAAAUCAAGCAUAACAUCUCGUGAGGCCGAGAGCUGGGCCUUCAGCUCCCUAAAGAAACCCAGAGCCCUCUCUUCUUGCCAGAACAAAGGAUCCUCGUGAUGAAGAGCUCUUAUAUUUCACGAGUUUCAUAUUGUUACCCAGAGUUCAAACGUGCGUCGCAAACCACGAGCUUCAAAUACCCCCGCGUUCCUCUGCAACAUCCUUCAUCGGAUUCCAAGUAUCAUUGUCUCAACUUCUCCAUGGAAGCCAAAAUACAGCUUCUCUUGUCAACUCUUUUACUCUACUCAGUUUCCGUCCAUGCAAACACUCUUCAGACUUACAUAGUUCAGUUGCAUCCACAAGGUGUAAGCAGCUCAUUGUUUCCUACCAAACUUCAAUGGCAUCUUUCAUUUCUUGAACAAACUCUUUCCUCCGAGGAAGACCCUUCUUCUCGUCUUCUCUACUCUUAUGGUUCUGCCAUGGAAGGUUUUGCAGCUCAGCUGAGUGAAACUGAGCUAGUGUCAUUGCGGAGUUUGCCUGAUGUUGUUGCAAUCAGACCUGACCGGUUGCUUCAGGUUCACACAACUUACUCUUACAAGUUCUUGGGACUUAGUUCCACUAGAGAUGGUGCUUGGAUUAAAUCUGGAUUCGGUCGUGGAACAAUCAUUGGGGUGCUUGACACAGGAGCUUGGCCAGAGAGUCCUAGUUUCAAUGAUCAUGGAAUGCCACCUGUGCCCAAGAAAUGGAGAGGGAUUUGCCAAGAAGGACAAAGUUUCAAUGCCACGAAUUGUAACCGGAAACUCAUUGGUGCAAGAUUCUUUAUAAAAGGUCAUCAUGUUUCCUCAGCGUCACCAUCAGCCAACAUGAUUGAAGAGUAUAUAUCACCAAGGGAUUCCUCCGGACAUGGAACUCAUACAUCAUCCACAGCUGGAGGAGUUUCUGUUCCAAUGGCAAGCGUGCUUGGAAAUGCUGCUGGUGUGGCCCGUGGAAUGGCCCCCGGAGCCCACAUUGCUGUGUACAAAGUUUGCUGGUUCAAUGGCUGUUACAGCUCAGAUAUCCUAGCUGCUAUGGAUGUUGCAAUUGCAGAUGGAGUUGAUGUGCUUUCACUCUCUCUAGGUGGCUUCCCAUUGCCACUUUUUGAUGAUAACAUAGCCAUCGGCAGUUUUCGAGCAGUCGAGCAUGGAAUAUCAGUAAUCUGUGCUGCAGGAAACAAUGGCCCAAUUCAAAGCUCAGUUGCAAACAUAGCUCCUUGGAUUGCUACCAUUGGUGCUAGCACACUUGACCGGAAGUUUCCAGCCAUAGUUCGGAUGGGCAAUGGAGAAUUCCUUUAUGGAGAGUGUAUGUUCCCAGGGAACAAGUUACCAAGCGCCGAAAAGGAACUUGAACUGAUCUACGUCACUGGUGGGAACAGCGGAAGUGAAUUUUGCUUCAGAGGGUCUCUCCCAAGGGCAAAAGUACGAGGCAAAAUGGUUGUUUGUGAAAGAGGUGUCAAUGGAAGGGCAGAAAAAGGUGUAGCUGUAAAAGAAGCCGGUGGUGCUGCCAUGAUAUUAGCAAAUACAGAGAUAAACCUCGAGGAAGACUCAGUUGAUACUCAUGUCUUGCCAGCAACUGAGAUUGGUUAUGCGGAGGCAGUACGUCUAAAGGCUUACAUGAACACUACCAGUCGUCCUAGAGCUCGAAUCAUAUUUGGUGGAACUGUUAUUGGGAGGUCAAAAGCACCUGCCGUAGCACAGUUUUCAGCCAGAGGGCCCAAUUUAUAUGAUCCUUCAAUCCUAAAACCAGACGUGAUUGCUCCAGGGGUUAAUAUCAUUGCUGCUUGGCCUCAAAAUUUAGGUCCCACUGGUCUUCCCGAAGAUGCUAGAAGAGUUAAUUUCACUGUCAUGUCCGGAACUUCCAUGGCAUGUCCUCAUGUCAGUGGAAUUGCAGCUCUGAUUCACUCAGCACACCCAGCAUGGACCCCAGCAGCUAUUAAAUCUGCAAUAAUGACAUCUGCUGAUGUAAAUGACCAUAGGGGAAAACCAAUAAUGGAUGGAAACAAACAGGCUGCUAUUUUUGCUAUUGGAGCUGGACAUGUAAACCCUGAUAGGGCCAUCGAUCCAGGAUUGAUAUACGAUAUCAUGCCAGAUGAAUAUGUCAUUCAUCUUUGCACCCGUGGAUACACAAGAUCAGAUAUUUUUACAAUCACACACAGGAACGUGAGUUGCAGUGAGAUUUUACAGAUGAACAGGGGUUUCAGCCUCAAUUACCCCUCCAUAUCUGUAGCUUUCAAGCAUGGAAUUGAGAGUAGGAUGAUCACAAGGCGACUGACGAAUGUGGGAAGUCCUAAUUCUAUAUAUACAGUGGAAGUGAAGGCUCCUGAGGAAGUCUUGGUGAGAAUCAAACCUCAAAGGUUAAUGUUCAAGCAUAUCAAUCAAAGUUUGAGCUACAGAAUAUGGGUAACAUCAAGGAAGAAAACAGAAACAAAGAGGACAAGCUUUGCAGAAGGGCAAUUGACAUGGGUGAAUGCUCACAAUAACUUCUACAGGGUUCGAAGUCCUAUUUCAGUCACUUGGAAGUAGUAGCAGCUUAGCACCUACAAGUUCUUGCGUUAAUUUCUCAUUGAAUUAUGCUUUAUCAAUAUUUUAGUUGAGCAUAUGCCAAGUUUAAUUGCGCAGAAAUUAAAAAAAUAUUGGCAAAAGCCUCUUCAUCAUCAAAAUGAAGAGUGAAGCAACUAUAAUAACUGCGAUUGUAUAACGUACAAUUGGACUAUUAAACUCUUUGUUACUUACUAAACAUGUUCCAUAUCAUUUUAAUUUCCUGUGUAGCCAAUUAGUGAACAUUCAUAUCUCAAGAACUGUAGUCACUUACAGA